GUCAAAACUCAAAACCGUCAUCCGUCAUCCGUUAAUAAGGUUAAAACAGUCAAAGCAAACGUCAAUUUUUAAAGGUUGGGUUAUGUUGUGGUUUUGGGUUAUGGUUGGUGCUGAUGUUUGGCCUGGCUUUAUUUUUCAUUUAAAUAAUAUAGACUUUUGAAUUAAGUAUACGUACUACUAUUAUUGUCAUUAAAAAAUAUUUUAGCUACACUAAUGAUGCAUUCAAGUUCAACCGUGGAUAUAUUAGAUUUAUUUGAAUGCAACAAAGUUGUGAAAAUAUGUGCACCCAUGGUACGAUAUAGCAAACUCCAGUUCAGGAAUUUAGAGAUACAUGUUCAUGAAUGUGGAACAACAAACUGGGUGCUUUUGACCAAUUAAAGAUUUGUUUAUCAUCUAUAAACGUUCCAGUAAAGAAGUGACCCAUAUUAUUGAUAACGUCAUUGAUUAACCUAUCCCACCAAAAGAUAACCAACCCAAUUGAUGGCAGUGCCUGAGUGAAAAUAAACUAAAAAUAUAUGGAUGUGAUCUUACAUUUACACCAAUGAUAUUAGCAGAUUCAUUUUGUCAAAGUGAAAAAGCUAGACAGAAUGAAUUUACAACAAACCUCAUGGACACACCAGUGAUUGUACAAUUUGCUGCAAAUACAGUACAUGAUUUUGUUGGUGCAGCUCACUUAGUAUCUCCAUAUUGUAAUGGGGUAGAUCUCAACUGUGGAUGUCCACAGAGAUGGGCUAGAGAUCUUGGCAUUGGUUGUGAGAUGUUGAAAGAUCCACAAAAGGUUUAUGACAUUGUUAGGCAGUGCAGGAAUCAGAUAGGAAAGCCACUCACAGUUAGUGUGAAAAUGAGGUUGCUUGGAGAGACAAAAACUACAGUAGAGAUAGCCAGGCAGUUGGAAAACUGUGGAGUCAGUUUCAUCACAGUUCAUGCCAGAAUACCCAGUCAGUCUGUUGGAGAUAUUAAUAAAACUGAUUUAGCCAAUAUAAAAGAUAGUGUCAGUGUUCCUGUUGUAGGAAAUGGUGGAGUUACAAGCUUUGAGGAAGCAUUGCAGUUACAAGUUGAAACAGGUUGUGAUGGAGUAAUGGUGGCAAAUGGCAUUUUGAAUAAUCCAGCGCUAUUCUCAAAUACCACAGUUACUUUUAAGGAAUGUAUUCAAGAUUGGGUGAACAUCUGUUACAACAGUACAAUACCUGCCAGCAAAUAUAACAAAAUAGCUGACUCUCCAAUAAGAUCUAUAGAUGAAAGACCGUACAACCUAACAUUCCAGUGUUUUCACCAUCAUUUAGUUUUUAUGUUGGAAAAAGUUCUGACACGCAGACAAAGGCAGGUGUUUAAUAACCUGAAACGUUUUGAAGAAGUGGAACAUUUUUUAGAAACAUACUUUGACGUAAAACCUCAGCUUUACGAAUUCGAAAAAUUUUCAAGAUAUGCUUGCAUAGAGACGGAUUAUAAAGAUAAAGAUGAUAUAUAUAAAUUGUUAAGACCAGUUGACUUGAUUGAUAAGAAUGAAUGGUCAUUCUACGAUUGUGAUAAUAAUGAUGGGAAGUAUUUCAAUUAUAAGCAGAAAGAGCUUCAGAAUGAUGAAUGCGAUUGGGCAAACAUAUUUUUAGAGAAUGGCUAAUGUUAUUGGAACACAUUAAGUAUCUAAAUCAAAAUGGUACUCCUGAAGAAUAACAUGUUGUGCAUGCAGUAUUUGAAACCAGCAAGAUAUGGUUCGACACUUGAAGGGUAGUCCAUUCAGUGCAUUUGAUGAGUAGAUAGAAAAACAGCUUUUAAUUGUAAUUUAAUCAGGACACUUUGCUUAAUGUGCGACUUUUUAUUGGAAAAAACACUAUACAAAAAUCCAUGCAAAGAGCCACCAUGUAAAAAUACACAAAAAAUGCUGUUCUCCAAAUCUAUACGUUCAAAUACCAAGAGGUUCUUCCCGCGGUAAUACCAGAAGAAUGGAGUUUUGUGUUGUCAUGAGAGAAAUAACCGAUAAUGACGACCGGUUUUUCCAAAACUUUUUUUUUUCGGAAAAAAGUUUGGUCAACCAGUCAAUACAAUAAAUACGCUUGAAAACUGAUGUUUAGAUGGAUACCAUGCAUGUAUAAUCUGUUCUAAAUCACUUUUGUCAAUAAAUGCAUAUCUAUAGUAAUAAAC